UUGCCUAAAUUGCCUUUGUCUCCGCAUCCACACAAGUAGCCAAGCACGCCCUGUUGAGUUUCCGAGAAAAAACAACAAAAAAAAGCCGCACGGCGAAAAUGUCGGGUCACUCCAACCUGGUGGCUAUGAAGAAAGUUGUGCAGCAGCUCCGCUUUGAGGCAAGCAUCAACAGAGUGAAGGUGUCCCAAGCAGCUGCGGACCUCCAGCAGUUCUGUAUGCAGAACGCCAUGCAGGAUCCUCUCCUGACCGGUGUGUCCUCCAGCACCAACCCCUUCAGACCACAGAAGGUGUGCUCCUUCUUGUGAAACCACUGCUUUCAUUGGCCUUCAUAUUGAUGCUACAGGGAAACAUGGACCUCAACACUGCUCUUCACGCCAAGCCAUCUACACUGCCACAGGAUCUGAGUCUGGACCACGUUGGAAUCAUGUCCGAAAGAUAUCCAUCUAUUUUCAACCACAGUAGAGGAAAGGAGACUGUUUUAUUUUUCAUGGCACAGUGUGAUUUUCAAGUAAAUUAUUGUGCCUUUUCUAUGGUUAUAUUUUAGUCAUCACUGUUGUUGACCUUUUUGUAUUUAAUGAUUAAAAUACAUUAUGAUUCCCAAGUUCUAGCUGACUGACAUUUUCUUUUCCUUGUGGUCCCAUCAGUAAACUGUUGGACAACAAAGUGUGAAUUGUAUUAAUGUCUAUGGAAAUUUGAGAUUGUUUUGGUAACUGGUUUACAAAAGCAACUGAUUUUAAAACAAUUUACAUAAAGUGAUGUGGAGCAAAUGGGUGCUCUUUAAAUCCCUGGUCUUCAUGUUGGUGUUGAGGUAGCGUUCCUGACUUCAUAGGCCGGAAAGUUGGGUCGCCCAUUGGAAGGGGGAAAAGAAACUUGUAGUGCUGCAAAACAGUUCUGCCCAAAUGUGGUUAAUUUGGGAUUUGGAUGACCUGGGGGGGAAAAAACAUACUUUUCAUUCCUUUAUAUAAAUAUAAUUUUGUCUACAUUUGAUGGAUCUUAACAGAGUUUGAUGACUUAUAAUUUGUUGUAUUUUGUAGUGACAGUGGCGGGGGGGGCCUGGGAAUUAGGUUGUAUAAUCACUUAUCAAGAUGUUAGGAUACAUACUUGGGAUAAGGGGAAGUGGCAUAAGCAUAAAUAGGACCUGAUGUUUAAUUUGAUUUUACGUAUCAUGAAAUAAUGGAGUAUGCUCUUUGUGUUGGUGGAAAGCCCCGUUUUUAACUACUUAAAGGUUCUUGGCACAAAA